AGAGAGGGACUAUACUGCCUUAAGUUCUCCAGCUCACAGAACUCCACAUGAGACACACAUGAGGGCAGGACAUCAACCCCUACGACACGAUGGUAAAGAUAAUGAUUAUGAUGAUGGCACCAGCACAGACUUAUUUGCUGCUCUAAAGAGCACAUUUCUUCGAUCUGUCUGCGUGACCACAAAGAAGAAGCCAUUGGAUGAUAAUCUGCGCGGAUCUGGAGGACACUGAAUGGAAGUAAAUUAGAGAAGAGGAGGCGUAAGAAACAAACGGAGGAGCGCCUCAUUCAACACCCACCGAGCUUUCUUUGGGUGUAGAGUUUCACUUCAGGAUUUUGUUUCGUUGGAGACAACACACUGUGGCACGAAAGGAUCUGGAUUUAACGGAGGGAGAGUCGGGAAGAAGCCGUUUUAUUGAGUCAUGAAGAAGAACGGUUCAACAAAGCGGGGACCUCAGGAUGCCAAUCAACAGCCCAUGCAGCCCGACAAAACUGGCUGGAUUCGCAAGUUCUGUGGCAAAGGAAUUUUCAGGGAAAUUUGGAAAAGCAGAUUUGUUAUUCUGAAAGGAGAGCAACUCUACAUUUCUGAAAAAGAGGUCAAAGAUGAGAAGAAAAUCCAGGAGGUGGUGGAUCUCACCGACUACGAGAGAUCUGAAGAACUUCGAAAGGCCAAAAGCAGGAGCAAAAAGAAUCACAGCAAGUUCACGCUUCUGCGUUCACGGCAGCCAGGCAACACGGUCAGUCUCUACAGGAAGUUGGGUUUCACGGCAGAGGAUAAUAGCUAAUGGCUUUAGGUCUCAGUCAGCACUAGAGAACUGCUGGCAUGCUUCAUUAGUCAGUUUGCAGUCAUGCUAUAAGACAAUGAUCACCUGUUGCACAACUCAAAGUCUGUUUCACCUAAAGCAUUCAAACAGAUUGGAGCAAAAGGAAAUAAUAAGAAAAUAAAUAAUUAAAAAGG